AUGUCGGAGAUCGCCAAAAAUUCUUCAAUCACGGAAGAGAGAAUCCUAAAACCAAACCUCGAGAGGAAUGUCUCCGGCGAACUUGACGUCUUCGAAGCCACUCGAUAUUUCUCCGACUUCAACAACGAACCAACAACGAUCGAGUACUCAAGAAUCCAUAUUCAGAAACAAAGCAUUGUUGCAGAAACUCGUCAGAACAGAGUACACCCUGAAACAGAGGAUCAGCUCCGGAAGCCAAGAGCCGUCAUCGUCGUAAAGCCGCAGGAGAAGGUGGUGACACGUGGCGGUGGUGGGAAACUAACCAGUUUCUUGAAGUCUCUGUUUCGCUCGGCGAGUUCAAAGAAGUCAAAGUCAACGACGGAGGUGGAGACUCCACGAGGAGAAAAGAGGAGGAGGAAAAGCUGCGUGGUGACCACCACACGCGACGAAGUUUCUUCUCCGAUCACCGGUGCAGGCGCUUGGCGUUUAAACGCGCGUAGGAGAAGCUUCGACGUGAAUGAUUCGAAGAGGAGUGAUCAGAAGUUGAACAUAAGGUUUUGUGAGAGUCUCUGUUCAGAGAAGAAGGUUGAGUAUAAAGAUCGAAAUGCAGGAGAUGAGAAUGAUGUAAAUGGUGGAUGUGAGAGUGAUUCAAGUUCUGAAUCUGAUCUUUUUGAGUUGGAUUUGUUUGCUAAAGCAAAACCCUAG